AAGAGCACGGGUUUGUUUAGGAGCUCAGAAAGACAGUAAUGGCGGCGGACAGUCUGUGAUGAGCGAGCGAAAACAGUUGGGAAACUAGUCGGGAGCGUGUCUCUUUAUUUAAAGACGUGAAGUGUGGAUAAAUAAAGUCGUUACGUUUUAUAAAAUAGGCUUGCGACCAAGAUGCAGAUCACUUUGAAGACCCUCCAGCAACAGACGUUUAAAAUCGACAUUGACGGAGAGGAGACGGUAAAGGCGCUAAAAGAAAAAAUUGAAAACGAGAAAGGAAAGGAUGGUUUUCCAGUAGCUGGGCAAAAAUUGAUAUAUGCAGGUAAAAUUCUCAAUGAUGACACAGCACUCAAGGAGUACAAGAUUGAUGAGAAGAACUUUGUGGUUGUCAUGGUUGCUAAGCCUAAAGCAGCCCCCUCAGCUGCCCAGCCUUCUUCAGCUUCUGCCACAACGUCCACCCCUAUCCCCACCACACAGAGUACAACAACCCCCACACCGGCCUCCUCAACUACAGCUGAAAGUCCAACUGAAAACACUACCCAGGAGGAAAAGCCCACUGAGGAGAAGCCCCAGACAACCACAACCCCAACUUCUUCCGUGAGCUCAUCAGGUCUCCUGACAAAUGUGAACAUUUUUGAGGAGGCCACAUCUGCCCUUGUGACAGGUCAGUCCUACGAGAACAUGGUGACUGAGAUCAUGCUGAUGGGAUACGAGCGGGAGCAGGUGGUGGCUGCACUGAGAGCCAGCUUCAACAACCCUGACAGAGCAGUGGAGUACCUGCUGACUGGUAUUCCAGCAGAGGGGGCUGGUAGCACAGCAAGUAGCCCUGUGGUGCCUCCUUUAGGAGGAAAUCCUGGUGGCCCCGCUGGUUCUGUGUCAUCACCCUCCAGCACCAUUCCGGCACAGUCUGUCACCACCAGUGGGGCCAACCCACUGGAGUUCCUCAGGAACCAGCCUCAGUUCCAGCAGAUGAGGCAGAUCAUCCAGCAGAACCCAUCGUUGCUCCCAGCCCUGCUCCAACAAAUUGGGAGGGAGAAUCCCCAGCUACUACAGCAAAUCAGCAGUCACCAAGAGCAGUUCAUCCAGAUGUUGAAUGAGCCAGCCAUAGAGGGGGGUCAGGGUGGAGGUGGAGGGAUGGCAGAGGCUGGAGGUGGCCACAUGAACUACAUUCAGGUUACCCCACAGGAAAAAGAAGCCAUUGAAAGGCUAAAAGCACUAGGAUUCCCUGAAGGACUCGUCAUACAGGCUUACUUUGCCUGUGAGAAGAAUGAGAACUUGGCAGCAAAUUUUCUUUUACAACAGAACUUUGAUGAUGAUUAAAGGGAACCUAGUUUUGUUCAGCUUUUUUUCCUCUCUUUUUUUUUUUUUUUUUUUGACUUGCAUCAGAAAUUUGGCCUUUUCUUUCAUAGAUUUUACUACAGUGUAUCUUGGUAACAUGGGAUCAACUUCUCUGUACAAAAAAUGAACUGUUUAUGAAAACAUAAAAUUAUUUAAUCAGUAAAACCAUCUUGCCUCAUCAGAAAUCAGCUGUGUGCAAUCUGCUCUUCAGAUAGGUUGGAUAUAAAACUGAUUAUAUUAUCAAAGAAAUGUACUGAUUGAAAAUGUCAAUUGUCACAUGUCUCCCAGUUUCCAAGUGGUCAUCGGUAGUUGGGAUUUUCUGGUUUUUUUCCAUGCACCAGCAUUCCUGUUAGAACUUUUAAAUGUUUUUUCCUUCCCUUUAUGGCAGAACAGUAUAGUUAGUACUGUUUACUGCAGUUUUUCACAACAGUAAAGUUCUGUUUUAACCAUCUGUCUAAGCAUAAUGCAUGCAAAGUUUUCAAAAUCUUUUGGAAAUGGCACAGAAACAUGAAAUAUUGCUGUGUUCUCAUACAGAUGGAAGAGAGCAAUUCAUUAUUGUG